ACGGAAUUUUUAUAAAGACGACAAUAGCGUGUCGCUAUUCUAGACCCAUUUCUCCCAUCGCAAUACCCAACCACCCAUCUGCACAACCUUACGCAGCUGAUCUCCGUCGCCGGCCCCUGUCACCGACGUCGGAUUCACCUCCGGCCACCAUCUCCAACACAUGAUAUUUUGUCUUCUUCAUCUCGAAGGUCUGUAAAAGCAAACACCAACGCCUUUUCCCAAAAUCAUCUGACUUUGUACCGCAAUUAGCUCUUGCAUACAUGGUGGAUGUGUUUGUAGAAGAUUCAAUUGGGGUUGCAAUCUGUCCGUUGUGAUUAAUGAUUUAAGAUACAUUGAUCAGCAAUAUAAGGAAGGAAGCCUACUUCUGGAAUAGUGACGUUCGAAAAACAUAGAGAUGACAAAGAUUGUAUAUGAGAGGAUAUGCGGCAUCUAACUCUUUCCAGAUGUAACCAAUUGAAGCUCCUGUACAUGAUAAUUUAAAUGGUUGAAAAAUUAAGGACUACCAUCACAAUAAGCUAAGUAUGCAGGUCAAGGUAUCAUGGUGAGCCGUAUGGGGGUGUAUGCUCAUUGGAUCUUGUGGCACUUUUCUUGGUUUUAGAUUUUUGUUUUUCGUCUUGCUGUGAAAAGCUAUUAUGCAGAAGACUGCGAAUCUUUCAAAGAACAGUUCUUUGAGACUUACACCUCAGCAAUCUCUUCGUCGGAUGGGUCUAUGUUCUCAAAUAGUAACUGGACAGCAGACAUCUCCAAUUGUCUUUCCAGAAAGACGCAGCAGAGGAAAAGCUUCAUCACGUGCCGACAUCAAUGUGAGCGAUCAUGAUCCUGCGAAAGCUAAAGGGAAGGAACAUAGGAUCGAUAUUGGAGAUGAACAGUCUGACUUAUUAGGAUACGAGGUGUUUGCUGGAAAACUGGUCUUGGAUAAGAGAAAGCCAAGUAAAAGUACUGAUGUACAAACUUCAACAGAUACUUCAACACAGGAUGCUAUUGAGGCUAAGUUGACAAGUAAGGCACUGGUUUGGGGUACUCAAAUCUUAUCUCUUGAAGAUGUGAUAUCGGUUUCAUAUUAUUCUGGUCUUAGACACUUUACAGUGCAUUCUUACCCAUGUAAAAAAGCUUCUGGCCUUUCUUGUUUUGUGAAAAGUGGGAGAAGUCGGAAGGAUUUUCGCUUCUUAGCUUCUACCUCGGAGGAAGCCCUUCAAUGGGUUGGCUCAUUUGCAGAUCAGCAGUGUUAUGUGAAUUGUUUGCCUCAUCCUCUGAAGCAGGCCUCAGACUUUGUUGUUAAUGAAUUUCCUCCAGAGUCAUAUAUAAAAUGUAAAAGUCCACCUAGAAUGCUCGUGAUCUUAAACCCUCGGUCAGGACGUGGUCGUUCAAGUAAAGUUUUCCACGGCAUGGUUGAGCCCAUAUUCAAGCUUGCUGGAUUUCAGCUGGAGGUGGUGAAAACAAAUUCUGCUGGUCAUGCAAGAAAACUUGCAGCAACUGUUGAUUUCAGCACUUGCCCUGAUGGUAUCAUAUGCGUCGGGGGUGAUGGAAUAGUGAAUGAGGUUUUAAAUGGUUUACUUAGUCGAGACAACCAAAAAGAAGCAAUUUCUAUCCCCAUUGGUAUUAUACCUGCUGGUUCUGAUAAUUCUUUGGUGUGGACUGUCCUUGGAGUUAGAGAUCCAGUGUCUGCUGCUAUAGCUAUUGUAAAGGGAGGGCUUACUGCUACUGAUGUAUUUGCUGUUGAGUGGAUUCAAGGUGGUGGCAUUCACUUUGGGACAACUGUGACAUACUUUGGUUUUGUUAGUGACGUUUUGGAACUCUCUGAAAAAUAUCAGAAGCGCUUUGGGCCUUUACGAUAUUUUGUUGCCGGCUUCCUCAAAUUCUUUUGCUUGCCAAAGUACAAUUUUGAAGUGGAAUACUUACCAGCUUCAUUAGAAGGUACUGGAGAUGGUAAAGGCCUGGUUGACCAGGAAGUAAUUGAUAUGGCAGACUUGUAUACUGACAUCAUGAGGAGAUCAAGCAAGGAGGGCCUUCCUAGAGCUUCUAGCCUAUCAAGUAUUGAUUCAAUAAUGACCCCAAGCAGAAUGUCUGGAGUGGACUUGGACGCUACCUCUGGUAGUGCUGAGCCAUCUGAGUAUGUACGUGCAAUUGAUCCAAAAUCAAAACGGCUUUCAGCUGGAAGAAAUAACACCACAUCUGAACCUGAAGUUAUCCAUCCUCAGCUACCACUUUCUUCAACUCCCAACUGGCCUAGGACAAGGUCCAAGUCUAGGACUGACAAAGGCUGGACUGGAGUGACUGCUGCUAAUGAUACGACGAGAUCUUCUUGGGCAAAUAAUGCUCCGAAUGAUAAAGAGGAUAUUUCUUCGACAAUGUCAGAUCCGGGUCCAAUAUGGGAUGCAGAGCCAAGAUGGGAUACUGAGCCUAACUGGGAUAUGGAAAAUUCUAUUGAAUUUCCAGGUCCAAAAGAAGAUGCAGAUGUUGCUGCCAAGAGGGAAAUUGCCCUCAAGUCUGAAGAUAAAUGGGUCGUCAAAAAAGGUCAUUUUCUUGGUGUGUUGGUGUGCAACCAUUCAUGUAAAACUGUUCAAAGUUUGAGUUCACAGGUGGUAGCACCAAGAGCUGAGCAUGAUGACAAAAACUUGGAUCUAUUGUUGGUUCAUGGAAAUGGACGGUUGAGGUUAAUCAGAUUCUUUUUGCGGCUACAAUUGGGUAAACACCUGUCACUGCCAUAUGUUGAAUAUGUUAAGGUAAAAUCAGUCAAGGUCAAACCUGGAAAGCACACACACAAAGGCUGUGGUAUUGAUGGUGAACUUUUCCCAGUAAAUGGGCAGGUCAUCUGUUCCUUACUACCAGACCAGUGCAGGCUUGUUGGUCGUACCCCUUGUAACACUUAACAAAUAAUAGCUGCAUCUCAUCUGUUGAUUUGGUAGAAGGCUAUACGGUGGCAUUUUGUUACACUUUUGAUUGAUGAAUAUGCUGGCAACUUUUGUACCAGAAAAAGUUACCCCUUCCAGUGUCGUACCAGUCCUUCCCGCCUUCUUUUGAGCAAAGUGAAAAUUGAGGUCCCUGUAAAUUCUGUCAGUUUAAUUUUUUUUGGGUUAAAAUUUUCGGUUCUUGGUCAAACUUCAGUUUUCUACUAUAAUUUAUAAUUGGUGGAAAUUUAUGUAUGUAUGUGCAAGUUUUAGUUUUGGGUGCUUGAGCUAGCUAUGUCUUCGUUUUACUUGUGGUAUUGAAUUGCUUCUGCUGUAUAGCAUUUAAUUCAGGAUUGAAUGAUGGUAUAUCAA